AUGCCUGAUGACGGCAUCAUAUGCUUUCAGAAUCCAAGGUUACCGCUGCUCAUCAAAUCAGGAGUGACAAGACAUUGGAUGAGUAAUCUCAGCGAUCGAAAGCUCAACUACAAGGCUCGUCAAUAUGUGAACUCUGAGAUGAAUCAACUUGGAUACAUUACUUUUCAGAUAACCAUUGAAAACCCGGAUUCAUGCUUUUCCAUUGAUCCCGGACAAGUAAGCGGUGAAAUAGCUGGUAGGGGUCAUAUAAGCUUGAUUAUUACUAGGAAGGUUAGUACGAUGGUUUAUGUAUAUCUUGACAAGUAUGAAAUAGAUUACAUUCAGCCGGGCGUCGGUAAGGAUGAUAAAAUGAUAAUUGAAUACACUGGAGAACUCAACGGCAAAACCAUAGUGCGAAUGGUACCGGUUGCCUAA